ACUUUAAAGUUAGCUCCAUCAACUUAUAACCUCAUAUGCAAGCCCAUAAUUAGCGGACAUAGGUUAGACAUUAUUUGUUUUUUCUUACUAUUUCUGUGACAAAACUCAUCCUAAUAAAUAAUUAUAACUUUCUAAAUUUUAAUUUCCCCUCCUCCCUCCUCCCUCCUCCCACCCCCAAAUAGUUAACCUCUUUUACGAUCUUCAAAUACAACAAUUUGGAAAUCAUAGAAUUUAAUUUUGUGUAAAUGAGGUAAAAAUAAAAUUACAUACAAAUAUAUAAAUUGUUAAGUUUUCUGAAAAACAAACACUUUUAGAGCAACCCGAAGGUGACUCAAAAUUUGCUUUGGUAUCUCCAAUGUCAAAGUUGCAUGAUCCAAAGGGAUUCAGCUGUAUCUUCCAUCAAAAGAUCAUACUGCAAAAAAUAGGUUUGUAUGUUCUCCACUUGUAACAUAUUUCAGAUUCUUUUUUGAAAUUCCCUUGUAAGAAUUCGUGGCACCGGCAACUAAGGUACCAUUGCCGUGAAACGUAAUUCUUCAAGGAAAAAGAAGCAAGAAAAGGACGGAUACCAUCAAUGUCAGAGUUACAUUAUUCGAAGGGCUUUCAUUGAAAAAAAUUAACCUUAACCGCGCAAAUACGGUCUGAACCUUAUUCAUAGCAUAUUCGUUUUUUCUUCAACGAAUCUCCUCAUUACAAUUCCUGACGCCAAUCAAGAUGAGGCUAACUACGGGCAUAAAAUUCAUGAUUUUUUUCAUGAUAACAAGUCGUGUAAAUAGCUUUGUGGGCAUCACUUGGGGCAGACAACAAUCACAACAAUUCAUUCCAUCAAUGGUUGUUGAUUUGCUUUUACAAAACCAGAUUCCAGCAUUGAGAUUGAUGACUUCAGCCUCUGAUAUUAUUCAAACUUUUUCUGGGACUAACAUUAGCAUGCAUAUUGCCCUCAAUAAUCGAAAUAUAGAUGUCAUAAAUACUUCAAGUCUUGCCUAUGCAUGGGUAAAUACUUAUGUCAAGGAACCUAUCAGAAAAGGUGUCAAGAUAGUGGAACUAAUGGUUGGGCUAGAGCCAUUUUCGAAUACGCUCUUGAAAGACCGAGUGAACUAUGGAGUGUUGCGAGUGAUGCCACACGUACGAGAAGCUCUAGAAGCGAUGGAUUUGAGAAAUAUCCUAACAACAACCUCCCAUGGCAUUGAUGUCUUUAAUAUCAAGAAAGUCCCCUCUGAAACAGAAUUUCGUGAGGACAUAAAAGGAAUGAUGCUCGAAUCAUUAAAGUUGUUCAACAAAUCGGGUUCACCUUUUGUAUUGAACAUGUUCCCACUAAGAAUUGUUAGGGAUAUACUGAAUUACCCCAUAGAAUUCACAUAUUUCGAUAACAUGAGCAAUCUCACUAUUACAGAUGGUAACGCUACGUACACAAAUGGAGUGGAGCUAAUAAUCGAUUGUGUUGCAUCGACAAUAACCAACGCGGGAUAUCCCAGUAUGAAAAUUAUGAUUGGUGAAGUUGGAUGGCCUACAGAUGGAUAUCCAUUCACCAAUAUUGAAAAUGCACAGAGAUUUUACAAGGGGUUAUUGAAAUUUAUAGCAUCAGAAAAAGGGACACCACUUAGGCCAGGGCCUAUUGACAUGUUUCUGCACAGCUUGUGUGAUGAGAAUUUGUUCAAAGUAACAGCUGGUCCAUUUCAAAGGCACUGGGGCAUUUAUGAUGCAGAUGGAAAUCCAAAGUACAAGAUUGAUUUCUCACUACAGGACCGUAAUGAAUAUCCCACAGAAGCUAAGGGCAUUGUGAAAAUGCCACGUCGAUGGUGCACGUUCAAUGGUGACAAAAGUAACAUGGAAUUGGUGAGAAAGAAUUAUAAUUUGGCAUGUGAUAAAGGAGAUUGUACACCACUGGAAUUAGGAGCUUCGUGUGGUGAACUCAGUGAAGAUUCCAAAAUUUCUUAUGCUUUUAAUGAAUAUUUCCAGAGGAUGAGGCAAAAUAGUUUAACUUGUGGUUUUGAUGGUUUAGGUAAAAUUACCACAAGAGAUCCCUCUUCAGGGAAUUGUGGAUUUUCUGUGGAGAUACUUUCAUUCCAAGAUGUUAUACCUUAUGGUACAACGAUACAAUUAAAAGUUUGACUUUGGCGUGGUGGCAUAUGUAAUGAAAGAUUCCAGAAAAAAUGACAAAAAUGGUUUCUUGUAUUUAAUGGUUGAUUCAAAGUAGUUUUUAAAAUAUAUUGUAAUUUUAUGCAAUUUUUGUCUUUUAAAUAUAUCAAAAUGAAAGAAAAGAGCUCGUUCUUUGACAC